AUGUCAUUUAUACCCCACCUAGAUGCUGACGAGUCGCAGCGCGAGAGAUCUCGCUCUCCCCGACGUGGCCGUUCGAGGAGCCCGGGCCGCUCAGGUCGCCGCCGAUCAUACUCGCCGCGGAGCCGGUCUCGAAGCCGGGACGACUAUCGUAGAUCGGAUAGACGAUCGCGAUCUCCCAUGACUGGAGCUGGGGCGCCAGUUGGAGGAUCAGGUUCGGGUUACGGUGGACCACCUCAACGGUCGUACGAGGAGCGUGCGGCAGCACGAGAACAGAUGAUGAAUAACAUUCGCGAGACGUCGCAGCAGGACCGACGCGUCUACGUCGGUAAUCUGUCCUACGAUGUAAAAUGGCACCAUCUCAAGGAUUUUAUGCGGCAGGCUGGAGAAGUUCUCUUCGCCGAUGUUUUAUUGCUUCCGAACGGGAUGUCUAAGGUGGGCUUCUACACAAUUGUGGAAUAUGCUACAAGGGAGCAAGCGCAAACAGCUGUCCAGACUCUCAGCAACCAGAAUUUGAUGGGACGACUCGUCUACGUUCGUGAAGAUCGAGAAGCGGAACCACGAUUUAUCGGCGCAACCGGAGGCCGCGGUGGCUACGGCGGCGGAAUGCAAGGGGGCUACAGUGCCGGCGGCGGUGCUGGAGGCGGCGGAGGCGGUAGUGCCUACGGUGGUGGUGGUGGUGCCGGCGGCGGCGGCGGCGGCAUGGGUGGUGGCAACCGCCAGAUCUACGUGUCCAACCUUCCUUACACCGUAGGCUGGCAAGAUCUUAAGGACUUGUUCCGCCAGGCUGCUCGAAAUGGCCAGGUGAUCCGAGCCGAUGUCCAUCUGGGCCCAGAUGGUAGACCGAAGGGUUCCGGCAUUGUUAUGUUUGAGCACCCCGAGGAUACGCGCAACGCCAUCCAGCAAUUCAACGGCUUUGAGUGGCAAGGCCGUCUACUCGAGGUUCGCGAGGACCGUUUUGCCCACCAAGGUGUGGGAGGGUACGGCCGAGGCGGUUUCGGCGGCCGCGGAGGCUUUGGCGGCUCUUACGGAGGUCGCGGAGGCUUCGGAGGUCGUGGUGGCUUCGGCGGCGGUGGCGGCUACGGAGGACGUGGAGGUUACGGCGGUGGAGGCGGUGGUGGUGGUGGACCCGCUGGUGGAUUCGAUGCCGCCAACACUACACCAGCCGCUCCGAACCCGUUUACGGAUUUCGCUACCUCGGGAACUGAUCCAAGUGAGACGAUUUAUGUCCGAAAUCUUCCUUGGUCUACUAGUAAUGAAGAUCUCGUUGAGCUAUUCACCACAAUCGGCAAGGUUGAACAAGCUGAGAUCCAGUAUGAGCCUAGCGGAAGAUCCAGAGGAUCUGGUGUGGUUCGUUUCGAUAGUACCGCGACUGCCGAGACCGCCAUCUCUAAGUUUCAGGGUUACCACUACGGAGGCCGGCCCCUUGGUCUCAGCUUCAUAAAAUAUGUAACCCCAGGCGGAGGAGACAGCAUGGAGACGGAUGCGCAUGGUGGUCUGACCCAAGAUCAGAUCAUGUAA